GUGUCUCCCCCACUACAUGUCUCCCCUCUUCUUGUGUGUCCCCCACUACAUGCCUCCCCUCUUCUUGUGUCUUCCCGACUACAGCUCUCCCCUAUUCUUGUGUCUCCCCCACUACAUCCCUCCCUGUUUCUCAUCACCCCGCCUCUCUCUUCUCGUCCCCAUCCUCCCCUGUUCCGUUCCCUGUUCCUGUUCUUCUGUCCUCUGGUAUCUCCCCAAUAACUGUGUCUCUUUCUCCCUCCCCCCCCUCCUCUCUCUCUCCAACAGGAAUCCUGGACCUUCCAGAUGUCAUCACCCCCAGCAGCAGAGAUGUCUCCUCCCCACCAGGACGGUCAUCAGAUGUCGGUGAGCAGAGCAGCAAAGGGACCUCAGAGGACACCACCCUGCCUGAUGAGGAUGUACUGGGGAAUCAAAUGGUACCUGCAGUAGCUGGGAGUGAGCUCAAUGAGGUGGACCCCACUGGGCCUCCUGCCCAGACAACAGAGUUCUCCCGGCCUCGUCGCUUCUCAUCUCUGCAGUGUCAGCCUCAGAGGGACGAGGUCAGCCGGCUGCGGGCCUCCUCUGGUAGGAGCAAGACCCAGCAACACCAGGAGGCCCUUGGCUUGCCCAACAUUGGAAACAGCUGCUUCCUGAACGCGUCCCUGCAGUGUCUCUACAGCCUGCCCUGCUUCUGCAGUGACAUCACGGGGCAGGAGGACCUCUGGAGCCCCCGGAGAAGAACCAAGCUGAAGCUGCUGAGGUACUUGGGGGAGCUAUAUAAAUCCCGGCAGGGUGAGGGCUCCUACAAAGGCAAGCGCCGGCUCCUUUGGUCCAUCAAGAGCAGUCUGGCAGAGUUCAACGAGGAGUACGAGCAUAUCACUGAGCAGGAUGCUCAUGAGUUCCUGCUCCUCCUCUUCAUGAAGAUGAAGAUGGAAGGUGAGACACUGCAGGAGAUCUCCAAGUCACCCAGCUAUAUCUGCCCCGUCCAGAACUUUGAGUUCAGACUGCAGUGUGUACGCACCUGCACCAGCUGCGGUGACAAGGUCUUCCAGGAGGAGGAGCAGAACCACUUGUCCUUGGACCUCCACCCGUCGUUGAUAGCUGGCCUCCAAUUCUACUUCAAACCUUCAGAGUUGGAGUGCACCUGCCGGCAGUGCUCUGGAUGCCAGGCAACAGCGGUUCGGCAUUUCCUCACUCUGCCCAGAGUGUUACUCCUUCACAUGAAGCGCUUCCACCACGACGGGGCACGGUUGAGGAAGGUGACCGAUGCUGUCAGCGUUCCUCCAUGGCUGUCUCUGGCCUCCCUCGUUGGAGAGCAGGGUGCUGCAGCUAGGAUAGACCCACUGAGGUAAGAGAUAAGGAAACAGACUACGACGGUAGGCAGUGCGUUGUGCUUCAUGGAAACAGAUUGGGCGGGUUGGGAGUGGUGGGCGUCAUUGAAACAGAGUCAGAUGAAUCUAGAUUGGUAAUCCGGCCAUAAGCUCCCCUGCCUCUUAUAGAGGACCUCACGCAACCAUUUUAGUGUUUAAUUUACGAUCCUCAAUAUGAUUAAU